AUGGAGGCUGUCGCCAAAAGUUUCUUUGACAGCGGUGACAUAAAAGCGGCGGCCACCUUCUACUGCAAUCUGAUGGUGCUGCAUCCCAGGUACGUGAAAAUGGCGCGUAUAUGCAGAGUCCUGGCCGACCCCUCCGCUGUGCCUCUGCCGCACCGGUACGCGGACAUUGUUGAGGCUAUUUUAGAUCCCGCCGUCACCCACGGGGCCCUGUUUGGGGCUGGGGCGAUGCCUGCGGAUGUCAACAAGGCCUACCAACGCUGGACGCUCUUGGUGCACCCGGACAAGAACCCCUACCCAAGGGCGGGGGACGCCUUCAAGCGGCUCUUAGCCCUUAAGACGCUUGCGCUAGAGAUGGCCGAUGCGGUGAAGGAUAAAACCCAUCAUGCGAACUCGUCGCACGACGGCAGGCGGCCCAAUGGAAGGUCAGAUGCCCCGGCGGCGCCGAAUCGCCAAGGCGCGAACAUGUCCACUGCCGCCAAGGCCUCCCUGAUUGACGCGACGCUCUCCGAGAUGAAGAAAAGGCAAGUCACCCUCAAGUCCCUGAAGCGAAAGAACAUUGACGACAGUGAACUCCCGGCGUUAAGGACCACCCUCCGCGAUGUGCGGGAGCGCCGAUUUUGCUUGCGUUCCACAACCCCGUUGGCGUCGACGGAGCCAUGCAUACCGACGCAGUCGUUCACGCACGAUCAAUCCGCCUCUCUUACCCAUUCUUUCCCGUCGCACCUGCCCCGCCCUGCGGUAGACGAGCAUAUCUCACUGGCACCGUUUUCGCUUCCAAGGAACAAUACAUUGCUGGGGACAGCACGUGUAGAAGGAGGAGAACUAGACGGCAGCUUCACUGCUGGCUCUUUGCACUGUGUGCCUUCAGUCACAGCUGUGGAAGAGCAAUCAGAGGAAAUAUUAGCAGAGGAAGAUAUGUUGGGUCAAAGGCAGGUAGCGGAAAACGUGGGGUUGGAAGUAGCACAAAGUACAGAUGUAAAGGAAGCGAAUGAGACAAUUGCGAUGUAUGAUGCAGGCGGUGGCAUCAGCACAGCAAAAGUGACAGAUCUUUCGGUGUCACCCCCCACUUCUAUUGCCCAUGACGGUGAGUGGUUUACGGAUGCGGUAAAGGGAAGUAUCAGGCAUUUGAUUCAAGGCAUUCAAGAGAUGAGGACUAACCGCGCACCCCUUCGCUUGAACUGUGACCUCACCUUUGCCGCAUACGAGCGGGAGAGACGGCAGAAAAGGGAGGAUGAAAUGAGCAAUUCAAUGGCGGAAUGA